UCAUGCUGCUGCCAGGUCCACAGUGUCUCAUUGUGCCAUGUGCCACUUUCAGGUCUCCUCACACUGCUGGUGUGUUCAAUUUUUUGACAUAGGGUGCUGGCAGAUUACGGGGCCUCCCCAUAGCUGCGGCCAGGCCCCUAAUCUGCCAUGGGCCCCUGUACCGACUCCCCUCAUGCUGCUGCCAGGGUCCACAGUGUCUCAUGCCAUGUGCCACUUUCUGGUCUCCUCACACUGCUGGUGUGUUCCAUUUUUUGUCAUUAGGGUGCUGGCAGAUUACGGGCCUCCUAUAGCUGCUGCCAGGGGCCCCUAAUCUGCCAUGAUGGCCCCUAUACCGCCUCCUCAUGCUGCUG